AAACAGAAGCAAAAUGCCCUCAUUCAUCCUCGGGGGUCGGUGCUGGUAAGAGUUGGCGGCAGCGGAGCAAGUGGUCGGAUUGUGUGCAGCGAGAGGCGCGCAAGUGAGGAAGGGCCCCGAUCUUCUCCUAUGCGAAGUUUGGGGAGCCUACUGACUCCAGCGGCAGCGGCGGCGGCAGCAGGUAUUGGUGUGAAGAGAGCUGAAGUAAUGAGAAAACAUCAUGGAAGCCCAGUCCCAUAGCUCUACUACGGGUGAGAAGAAAAAAGUUGAGAAUCCUAUUGUGAAAUGCUCUGCUCGAACAGAUGUCAGUGAGAAAGCUGUUGCCUCUAGCACAACAUCCAAUGAGGAUGAAAGUCCUGGACAGACCUAUCACAGGGAGAGAAGAAACGCAAUCACAAUGCAGCCACAGGGCGGGCAAGGGCUCAGUAAAAUCAGUGAAGAGCCUUCGACAUCUAGUGAAGAAAGGGCCUCAUUAAUCAAGAAGGAGAUCCAUGGAUCUAUAUCGCACCUUCCUGAGUCUUCAGUACCUUACCGUGGGACUGUCUUUGCCAUGGAUCCCAGGAAUGGGUAUAUAGAUCCUCCUUAUCAUACAGCUCCUGCUUUGAAUUCCAUAAAGUAUUAUCCACCUCACCUUUUCCCAGCAUUCCAUCCUCCUGUACCAAUUGAUGCAAGACAUCAUGAGGGACGUUAUCAUUAUGAACCAUCCCCCAUUCCUCCGCUACAUGUGCCUUCAGCUCUGUCAAGUAGUCCAACAUAUUCAGACUUGCCGUUCCUCAGAAUAUCUCCACAUAGGAACCCUGCUGCAGCAUCAGAGUCUCCUUUCAGCCCACCUCAUCCCUAUAUUAACCCUUAUAUGGAUUACAUCCGUUCCCUGCACAGCAGCCCUUCUCUGUCCAUGAUCUCAGCAGCCCGAGGACUGAGCCCUACAGACGUAUCACAUGCUGGCGUCAGUCCAGCUGAAUAUUACCAUCAGAUGGCUCUGUUGGCAGGUCAGCGCAGCUCAUACGCAGACAUCAUUCCUUCCGCUGCCACAGCAGGAGCUGGUGCUCUUCAUAUGGAAUACCUCCAUGCUAUGGAUAGCGCCAGGUUUCCGAGUCCUAGGCUGCCAACAAGACCAAGCCGAAAGCGAACACUAUCCCUAUCACCUCUAUCUGAUCAUAGCUUUGACCUUCAGACCAUGAUCCGGACAUCUCCCAACUCCUUGGUCACAAUUCUCAACAAUUCCCGUAGCAGUUCUUCAGCAAGUGGCUCCUACGGCCAUUUAUCUGCAAGUGCAAUAAGCCCAGCUCUGAGUUUCACAUACCCACCUACACCAGUAUCCCUCCAGCAGAUGCACCAGCAAAUCAUCAGUCGUCAGCAAAGCUUGGGCUCAGCCUUUGGACACAGUCCUCCACUCAUCCAUCCUGCUCCAACUUUUCCUACUCAGAGGCCUAUUCCUGGCAUUCCUAGUGUCCUGAACCCUGUCCAGGUCAGUUCGGGUCCAUCAGAGUCCAUACAGCAGAGCAAACCGACAAGCGAGUCAGCAGUGAGCAGCACAGGGGAUCCAAUGCAUAACAAGCGUUCCAAGAUAAAACCUGAUGAUGACCUCCCCAGCCCAUGUGCAGGAAGUAUGCAGGAACCACCUGAAGGAAUGACCUUAGUAAAAGAGGAAGGGGACAAAGAUGAAAGCAAGCAAGAGCCUGAAGUAGUCUAUGAGACAAACUGCCAUUGGGAAGGCUGUUCACGAGAGUUCGACACGCAGGAGCAGCUAGUGCAUCAUAUAAACAAUGACCACAUACAUGGAGAAAAGAAAGAGUUUGUAUGCCGGUGGCUGGAUUGUUCUCGAGAGCAGAAGCCAUUUAAAGCCCAAUACAUGUUGGUCGUACACAUGAGGAGGCACACAGGAGAAAAGCCACACAAAUGCACUUUUGAAGGUUGUACAAAGGCCUACUCCAGACUGGAAAACUUGAAAACCCACUUGAGAUCUCACACUGGAGAGAAACCAUAUGUCUGCGAACAUGAGGGCUGCAACAAAGCAUUCUCCAAUGCGUCUGAUCGUGCCAAACACCAGAACAGGACUCAUUCCAAUGAGAAACCUUACGUUUGCAAAAUACCAGGCUGCACAAAGCGUUACACAGACCCUAGUUCUCUCCGAAAGCAUGUGAAAACUGUGCAUGGACCUGAGGCACAUGUCACUAAGAAGCAGCGUGGAGAUAUCCAUCCAAGGCAUCCCCCAUCAAGAGACCAAGGCAGCCAUUCUCAAACCAGGUCCCCAGGCCAUCAGACUCAGGGUGCGAUUGGUGAGCAAAAAGACCUCAGCAAUACUACCUCAAAGCGUGAAGAAUGCCUCCAGGUCAAAGCUGUCAAGUCAGAGAAGCCAAUGACAUCUCAGCCAAGCCCUGGUGGUCAGUCUACAUGCAGCAGCGAACAGUCCCCCAUCAGCAACUAUUCCAACAAUGGGAUCGAGCUUAAUCUGACCAGUAGAGGUAGUGUAGGAGACCUCAGUGUCAUAGAUGAAACCCCUAUCAUGGACUCUACCAUUUCCACAGCAACCACAGCACUUGGCUUACAGGCGAGGAGGAACAUGACAGAGACCAAAUGGAUGGAGCAAGUCAAGCUAGAAAGGUUGAAACAAGUCAAUGGAGUACUUCCGAGACUGAAUCCCAUGCCACCUUCCAAAAUCCCUGCCCUUCCACCUCUCAUAGGAAAUGGUGUUCAGUCAAACAGCAACUGCAGUGUAGGAGGAAAUGUGACCAUCCUAACUCACAAAAAUGAACUAUCAAAUAUGGACAUCACUGUGCUCAAUAUGCUGAACAGAAGGGAUAGCAAUACCAGUACAAUCAGCUCAGCUUACAUGAGCAGUCGAAGAUCCUCUGGGAUUUCACCUUGCUUCUCUAGUCGAAGAUCCAGUGAUGCAUCCCAGGGUGAGGGAAGGCUCCAGAACCUCAGUGUGGCUGAUUCAUAUGAUCCUAUUUCAACUGAUGCCUCUAGGCGGUCCAGUGAAGUCAGCCAGUGUGAUGGCUUACCAGGACUUCUCAGCCUCACCCCUGUCCAACACUACAGGCUGAAAGCAAAAUAUGCAGCAGCUAUAGGUGGACCCCCACCAACACCACUCCCUAAUAUGGAGAGGAUGAGCUUGAAAACAAGAAUGGCACUCUUAGGUGAGUGCAGAGAGAGUGGGAUAUCACCCUUGCCCCCAGUUAAUUCUCCUCGAAGAUGUAGCGACGGUGGGACAAAUGGUUACAACAGGAGACACAUACUGCCUCAUGAUGGGUUAGGGAAUAGCACAAGGAGAGCCAGCGAUCCUGUGAGACCAGUCUCUGACAGCUUUUCUUUUCCCAGAGUACAGCGUUUCAACAGUCUCAAUAGCUUUAACACUCCUGCUGUGCCAUCAUCCACGGAAAAGCGUCAUUUCAUCCUUCAGAAUUACACUCGCUCUGAUGGUGGUUUGUUCCGUAACUUUUGUUCUCCUUGUCCUCCAAGUAUAUCUGAGAAUGUGGCAGUGGAGUCCGCUAUUGUAGAAGCAGAUGACAGUCUGAAUGAUGAGGAUCUCCUACCAGAUGAUGUGGUUCAGUAUUUGAAUUCUCAGAAUCAGGGUGCGUACAACCAACUGCCAACUGGUGGGGCAGACAACAGCAAAGGUAUUCACAGUUCAGGAACAGGGAACAAUAACAGCUUUGAGCAGUCCCCUCCAACAAACAGCUCUGAGGCCAGUAAAAAUGACCUGCCAAUUCAGUGGAAUGAAGUAAGCUCAGGAAGUUCUGACUUGUCUCCAUCAAAACUAAAAUGUGGGCAACGGUCCCUAAACCAGCAGAAUCAAAGCCUAGGCCAGUACAACAACAUGGUGGUCCAACAGCAGAACCAUGGACUAGAGAAAAACAUUGUGCCUCAUCAAAAUGGCUACCAGCAUCUUUUGGACGGGAGUGGCUCUUGCAGUGUGCAGCAGAACAUGAUUGUAAACAACAGUGACAUAAAUCAUUCUUACCCUGUGCAGUCAAAUAAGGCACAGUUAUAUGGGGAAAAUAAUGGUGGACAACCAGUUGACCAAACCUGUAACAUAAUGAUUCAAGGUCAAAAGCUGAGAAACAAUUUCAUGUUAGGCAGUGAGAGUCAGCAAAAUCUUGGCUACCCUGUGGCAUCCAGUGAGCAGUCUGCCAUUGUAAUGAGCAGGAUGCAGAGCAGAAACAUGGCUCUCCAACAGUACUUUCUUAAUCAGUCAGUCAAUGAAGUUAGUCAUUGCCAAGAAGCAAAUCAUUCGGGUAAAACUAUGAUAGAAGACGUUGCAGCUCCCUCACAGUGCAGCCUUUAUCAAGGGCCACAAAAUUGUUUGCCACUAUCUGAAAAUGUUGGAAUCCAGCCAUCAGGUUUGAUGCUGUCCAAAGGUUACCAGUCCUGUGCCAACUACUGUAGUGGCAGAUUACAGAACACAUUAAGGAAUAAUUUGGUGCAACAAGGACAUGUAAGGGAUGUCAACGAGCCACACAGGAUUAAUGGCAUCAAGGUAGAAUCUCAGAAUCAAUCACAACAGUUCUGCUCUAACAUGCAGAAUUACUCUGGUCAGUUAUAUGACCAUACCACAGGGUUCAGCCAGCAAGCUCUCAAAAUAGGUACUUUCCCCCUUUCAGAAGCUAACUGCUUGCUGCAGGGGACUGGUGAUGCAAAUUCAUCACAGCUUCUCUCCCCAGGGGCCAACCAGGUGACAAGUACAGUUGACAGCAUUGACACCAAUAGUCUUGAAGAUGUGCAGAUUGAUUUUGAUGCCAUCAUAGAUGAUGGUGACCAUGCCAGCUUAAUUUCAGAAGCCCUAAGUCCCAGCAUCAUUCAGAAUCUCUCCCAUAAUUCCUCUCGUCUCACCACUCCCCGAGUGUCUCUUACAUUUCCAGGUAUGCCCAUAAGCACAACCAACAUGGCUAUUGGGGACAUGAAUUCUUUGUUGACCUCACUUGCAGAAGAAAGCAAGUUUCUUGCUGUUAUGCAAUAGACAUGAACUACUUAGGAUAUGAAAGAUUUUUUAAAAAGUAAUUCUUUUUUCUUCAUUGUUUUAAGUAAGUACUUCAGCAGUCUCAUCUCACCAAAAUGGGAUGUGUUUCAAGUAUAUUCCUUUUAUGGAAUAAGGACUCUGAAAAACCCUAAAGUGUUCUAGGGAGAAACUGUCUUCCAUUUCAGUUUUGAAUCAGUAUUGUU